CGCUGGUUGUGCGGGAUCAGACAGGAUCAGUUGUUGCACGAAGACAGUUCUCUGGGGAUCGUGCACGGAAACAAUGAGUCUACAGACGUUAGGAUGCGAGCGAUCUGAGCGGUUUGACACUGGACCGCCUGUCCACACCAUACGUCUAUACCUUCAGACAGGACGAGGGACAGGUGCUCCCCGCAAGGUGUGGUCAGACAGGGCGCCCCCCGGGAUGGUGGUUGCUGAUGGUGGCAGUGGACACACGUGGACAGUUUGUGAACGAUCUGAACGGUUUGAAGUUCAACCGGAGCAUGGCGCGAUAUAUCAUCGAAAUACAAGGUGUGAGCGAUCUGAACGGUUUUAUGUUCUGCCUAAGCGCAGUAGCAUACAGCACCAAACGAGGGCAGGCAAAUGGGUCCAUAUAUCCUUCAGAGACGUCUUAUGUUCACUGUUGUCUGUACCGGUAGGAACUGCACUUACUGCAGAUGGAAGGUCCAGUAAGCCCGGGACUCCCUGUUUAAAGGAUGUGAAGUAAAUACAGACACCAGUCCCAGUGUUGGCCUGUGACCAUGCACAAAAAGAUUUCCGCCAUAUCUGUAGAUGGAUUAUCAACAACCGUCGUCGUUGUGCGUGGUUUUGCGUCAGGCGUGGCGUCACAGAGGAUGGAAACUUUUACGAUUCCUGUUGAAUUUACCGGUUACCUGAUCAUUGAUCAUUUUAAUUCCAUAAUUCGUGCUACGAUAUUCUUCCCAUGAAUAUUCUCAAACACGUGAGCCAAUGUAUGGUACAAUUGGACGAAUGGAUAUCUCGACAUAGAAGAAAAUGCUACACAGUGUAAAUCUAAACUUUUCUUUGUUUACGUUUUAACAAAUAGUUUUCCGAGCACAGUGUUCAUUUCCACACCUUUUAUUUUUGCUUGAUUUCAUCUAGAUAAUUUGUAUUGGUGACAAACACAAUUUGUCAUUUGAUUCUAAGAUACUAGUAUGUGAUGGAUGCAUGUAUCGCAGUUGAGUUUGACAUAUACGUGAUCCAAUAGUCGUCUCAUACGUAAAACGUGAUUUUGUUAACACUAUCAAAUAUGUGGGACAGUACACUUCGGCGUUUGUGUUUGUGUAUUUUCUAAAACAUUCUAAACGAUUCUAGGCUUAUCGGCAACGUUUCAGAAUUGUCAUUGGUGAUUUAAUGAAAGAUACCCGCAAUACUCACUAAUAUGCUAUUUUUGAAAUUCCAGUAAUAAAAACUGUGAAGUGUAUUAGUGUGUGUGUGUGUGUGUGUGUGUGUGUGUGUGUGUGUGUGUGUUCGAUGUUAAACGCUGCAAUAUCCAAGGUAAAUGACGGCGGUCUGUAAAUAAUCUAGUCUGGACCAGACAAGCCAGUGAUAACCUUAUGACAACCGAUCAGCGUAAUUUGGGUACGAUGGCAUGCAUCAACCAAGUCAGCGAGCCUGGCCACCCGAUCCAUUUAGUCACCCGACCCUAAAAAAUUACGACCAGCAUAGGUGGGUAGAUAUUCUUACCCGGGACCCCCGCGGGUACAUAUCAAUAGUCAAACUGGGAAAUAGCCAUGAUGGGAGUGAAUGGCUCUACGCAGGGGUACUAAGUGUCAUGGAUCGUAAGGACAGGCUCGGUGAAUUCGUUGAUAGCGCG